GGGAUCUCGGUGAUCGAGAAUGAAAAAGAGCACUUCAGUCGCUGGAGAGAAUUCCUUCUGCUCUGUUCCAUCCCGUCCUUCCUGGCUUUGUUCGGGCUUCUCUUCAUGCCGGAAUCUCCGAGGUAUUUGCUGGAAGCUGGUCGUGAGGUCGAAGCCAUGCUGGUCUAUCAGAGAAUCUACAAAUCGAAUCACUCUAAUCACCCUGAGGCCAGAUAUACUCUAAGCGAAUUAGAGCUCCCGACAACAAACAACCCGGCUCACAGGAAACAGUCCCGAUCCGGAAGCAAGUCACUGCCUGUUCCGGUCGGACGAAAUGCCGGGAUAAUGAGUGAUUUCGCUCACAGCAUCGAAAACUUUUGGAGCUCGUUCAUGCAGUUGUUUGCUGGGCCGACGCGCGAAAUCACUCUGGUUCUUCUAGUUGUCUGGUUCACGGAAUCUUUUGGGUUCUAUGGAUUAUCCCUUUGGUUUCCCGAAUACCUAAAGGCGUUGAAGAUGGACGAGUACGACUCGAAUGUGAAGUUGGUCGUGGGCGAAACGUACGUGAAACAGGUAUUCAAUGGGACCCUGGACAACGUCAAAUUUGUCAAUUCCACAUUCACUGAUGUCACAUUCCACGGAAUCGUUUUGAAUCAUGUCGAGUUCACGGGGUGUUUACUGAAUCGCUGCGAGUUCAGCGACGUGGUUUCCUCGCGAACAUUCUUCAAAAAUUCCACGCUGAUCCAGAAUCACUUUGCCGACACCGACAUGUAUCCCUACAGGGCUACUGGUUACGGCUUCCUGAGUGCAGUCUGCCGAAUUGCCGGAAUACUCGGAAGCUUGACUUUUGGCAACUACAUUGGCGUGAGCAGAGCGAUUCCGAUGCUAACAACAGCUGCUGUGCUUCUCAUUGGAGCCAUAGCAUCGAUUCGAAUCCCGGAGACAAAAGACAUUUUGCUUUGA